ACUAUCGUGCGUGUUACACUUACCAACCACAGACCUUAACUGUAGGUUAGCCGGCUGUGUAUCAACAGUGUGUGUUAAUUUAUUGAACAAAUCUGCAGUGCAGGCCGUAAACGAUUCACAAUGCAAGGACAGGGACCGUACCCACAGCAGGGACAACCAGGUUAUCCUCCACCGGGACAACAAGGUCAACCAAUGUACCCACAAGUUCAACAAGGUUAUCCACAAGGUCAACCUCAACAAGGUUACCCACAAGGUCAACCACAGACGCAGACAGUUGUAAUACAACAGCCUAUGAUUGUUAAUCAGGUGUUCAGGGAAUCUCCAGUCCGUAUGCAAUGUCCAGCAUGUAGAGCAGAUAUAGUCACCGCUUUGAAUUAUGAUACUGGAAUGUUGGCAUGGAUUCUUUGUGGAGUUAUGUUUAUAUUUGGAACGUAUCAUCAAUUCAAGAGUCAAUCCAAAAAAUAAAUGUAUAGUACAUACUGUUUAAAAUUUUGGAUUUGUUGUUUUAUUCCAUUUUGUGUUGAUGCCUGCAAAGACGUUACACACACGUGUCCAAACUGUCAACACGUGGUUGGGAAAUACAGUAGACUGGGAUAAUGUGACUCUCAUUAAAAGUAAAGACUCAGUCACAUGACGUACAUUGAUGUUGUUUACAUCUAUGCAAUCGUAGUAAAGUUGUUUGAUUAUGUAUCUGUAGCUGCUUUGUACCCUCUCGAAAGGUCUAAGCUUUGUCAUUUUUGUAUUUAACAUUUAGAAAUUAUGUUUAAAACUGUGCUCACAAUUUCCAUAACAGUGCCUAAAUCCUUUUUGAAUAUGAACUAUAAUAUAUUCAUUAUAAUCACUUUAGUUUUAAUUUGCAUUGAAGUGUCGAUCUGUUAUAAUUGAGGCAAGGGAAAUGCUAGUAUCAAAUACAGUUGCCAUGGUUGCCAUAGUUUCAAAUUUUUACAAAAAAAAAUCAUCAGAGAUGUCAGGCUUAUAAUUCUGUACGCCGCACGUUGGAAUCAAAUUAGCGUCAGUCAUUGUCAUCCACAAUAAGAAAAAUGAAUCAAAUUUUAAAGCUCAGGUAUACUGUUUUGUGCCUACAAAAUCUAAUUGAAUAUUAAUGUAAAAUAAAGUGUACAUGUAUACAUUUGUUUUUUUUCAAGUAAAGAAGAUAAGCGGUUCAACAUUUUCUUCUUUUGUGUUGUUGUUUUUUAUGCAAUUUUGAUACUACUGCUUAGGUCAUUUUGUCUUACCUCGCAGUUGUAUGUUAAAUUGUUUUGCUACUUCUAAGGAUAACGUUGUGUUUUGUAGGGAAUCAAGCGAAGGAAAAAGUAUUUCUAUUAAAUAAUUUUAGACUGCCGUUUCAACAAAAAAUAUGUCGAUCAUUUUACAUGUCGAUUUAUUUUUAGCUACUUGUCUGUAUAAGUUUGAUUAAUAAUUUUCAGUUUUCUUGGGGGUUUCAAAAAAAAAGCUUUGCAUAAUUUACGAAACACACUGCAAAACUAUCCAAAAGAUAUGAAAUACUAGUAUCUACAACUCAUUCUGCUUGAUAGGUCAUUUUUUACGUUUUAGUAAAUCAUUUCAUUCUAUAGAUUUUUAAUUUUUAUAAUGAUCUUGUUUAAAUCCUUUUAUAUAUUCAUGUAUAUGAACUUGUAUUUUCUUAUCUUACUAAAAGUUAUUCAUGGUUUUUAUCAAAUGAUAUAUGUUAGUACCUCUAUACAUUUUAAUAUCUACGAUAUAAAGUUAUAAAAAGAGUUUUAAAA